AAAUUCAUUGUUUAUUUUGGUUUUUUAUGUAGUGCAAAACUAUAAUAGAAACAAUCCGACGCCCCGCGACUUUCGGAUAGUUUGGAAGCAACUUGGGUCAAAAAUAUUUGCUUGAUUAGUUGCAACAGCAUUUUCUUACAUAAUUUGCAAAUCGUAAUAAAACAAUAACGUACCCAACAUGUUGCAAAUCGUUAGGAGAGUUCACACCAGCCAGCAUUUUAGCGCUCAACGUUGUUCGAAGCUGAUUGAUAGCGUUUUGAGGGUCGAUCAUGCCGGCGAGUUGGGAGCAAAUCAAAUUUACCGUGGACAGAUGGCAGUUCUUGGUCAUACUAAGGUGGGAAAAACCAUUCAGCACAUGUGGGAGCAAGAGAAAGUGCACAAGGAAGAGUUCGAUCGUUUGAUAAUAAAAUACCGCGCCCGUCCGACCGCACUGUUACCCUUCUGGAAUGUGGCCGGCUUUGCAUUAGGAGCCGGAACGGCUCUGCUUGGCGAAAAAGCGGCAAUGGCAUGUACAGUGGCGGUCGAGUCGGUUAUUGUUGAGCACUACAACGAUCAGCUGCGCCGGCUGAUGGACGAUCCGCAUUUCACCGAUCGCGAGCUGUUGCAGACGAUACAACGGUUCCGGGAUGAGGAGCAAGAGCACCACGACACGGGGUUGGAGCACGGUGCAAAGCAGGCACCAUUCUAUGAAGCCCUAACCGAAGUUAUUAAAUUUGGCUGUCGAACGGCGAUAAAAAUAGCGGAACGUGUCUAAAGUGACGGGAAUUCGGUCAUUGUAUAGCGAAAAUUCGCCCGCUUGUUGCUGCGCUUAGUUUUUGCCUAAAAAUGUGAACUAAAGAAGUAAAAUAACUAUGCAAAAGUACC